AUGACGCUGGGCUCUCCAUUGAUCUCACUGUAUGACGCUGGGCUCUCCAUCUCACACUAUAUAUAUAUAUAUAUAUAUAUAUAUAUAUAUAUAUAUAUAUAUAAUCUAUCUCGCUCUAUCCGCUUUACAGGGCUGAGCGAUGCUUUACAAUACCGGGCUGAGCAACGCACUGCUUUGCUAUACCGGGCUGAGCGACGCACUGCUUUGCUAUACCGGGCUGAGCGAUGCAUUGCUCUGCUAUACAGGGCUGAGCGACGCAUUGCUCUGCUAUACAGGGCUGAGCGAUGCAUUGCUCUGCUAUACCGGGCUGAGCGACGCACUGCUUUGCUAUACCGGGCUGAGCGAUGCAUUGCUCUGCUAUACAGGGCUGAGCGACGCAUUGCUCUGCUAUACAGGGCUGAGCGACGCAUUGCUCUGCUAUACAGGGCUGAGCGAUGCAUUGCUCUGCUAUACCGGGCUGAGCGACGCACUGCUUUACUAUACCGGGCUGAGCGACGCAUUGCUCUGCUAUACAGGGCUGAGCGACGCACUGCUUUGCUAUACCGGGCUGAGCGAUGCAUUGCUCUGCUAUACCGGGCUGAGCGACGCAUUGCUCUGCUAUACCGGGCUGAGCGACGCACUGCUUUGCUAUACCGGGCUGAGCGACGCAUUGCUCUGCUAUACCGGGCUGAGCGACGCAUUGCUCUGCUAUACCGGGCUGAGCGACGCACUGCUUUGCUAUACCGGGCUGAGCGACGCAUUGCUCUGCUAUACCGGGCUGAGCGACGCACUGCUUUGCUAUACCGGGCUGAGCGACGCACUGCUUUGCUAUACCGGGCUGAGCGACGCAUUGCUCUGCUAUACCGGACUGAGCGACGCUUUGAUCUGCCAUGUGCUGCUGUAAAGUAA